AUGACACCCAAAAAUAUGCUCGCACAGUUGGCGAAGCGUGAAGGAUGGCUCGUACCACGAUUCGAACGGGACAAGAGCGCCGAAGGCAUCCGAUACGUCGUUUCUGUCGAACGUUCAACCGGGCCAAAGUACAAACGCAAGCCGACGCUUGUGUGUUCUACGCACGACGAGGACGAACCUACAGCUGGCGGUUGGUUGAGCAUUAACGACGCGCAAAAUGGUGCGGCUACGCGUGCGUUGUUUGAAGCGUCAUUUAGCAAGGAAAACCAAAUCGUGCCGUUGGAAUUGUCCGAGACGUAUCGCGAUUUGUGGGUUCGGUGGGCCAUCGCGUUCAUGAAUUCAGACGUCGCGGAUGUCGGUGAGAACGCGAGAGACGAUUUUAUAGAUGCGCUCAUUAAGACAAUAGGCACCGAUGGCUUGAACGUGCCCGAUGCUAGUAACGGGGGUACAUAUGUAGAUGAAUUGACGGCAAAAGCUCGCGAGUUAAAACUUAAAGAAGAGAAUGAUCGUUUGCGCACGGCCAGGGCAAACAUGAACAAGCAUGCGGAGGUGAGUCGACGACUGAAAGAGCACCUCGAGGCGACAAAGCAGGAUCCGCAGUGGAAGAAACUGUUUGCGAAGCGCUCGACGCUCCCUAUUUGUGCGCUGGCUGACGAGCUUCUCGAUCGGCUUCGUUCUCACGAUGCUGUCGUCGUAUGUGGCGAGACAGGUUGCGGUAAGACGACUCAGGUACCACAAUUUCUUCUCGACGACGCCAUUGAACGAGAGCAGGGCGGUGCUUGCAAUAUCGUGUGCACGCAACCACGUCGUGUUGCGGCUACAAGUAUCGCCGAGCGCGUAUCUGCCGAACGAUGCGAAAAAAACGGCGUCGGGGGUAAUGGUUCGCUUGUCGGGCACCACGUCCGAUUGGAUGCGAAAAUAACCAGCGCGACACGUCUCACUUUUUGCACCACUGGUAUUCUGUUGCGGAGGUUGCAAGGCGAUAGAAUGCUUACCGAUGUCACGCAUGUCGUCGUCGAUGAAGUCCACGAGCGCUCUCUAGACGGUGACUUCUUGUUGACGCUUCUCAGAGAUCUUCCAAGACGUCGCCGCGAAGCUGGUUUGCCUCCUGUGAAACUCGUGCUCAUGUCUGCCACUUUGAACGCAGCUUUAUUCAGCGAGUAUCUCGGUGGCUCGCCGGUUAUAUCAGCGCCCGGGCGCUCGUUCCCCGUAGAUACGAUUCAUCUGGAACAUAUUUAUGACACAUUGGAUUAUGUCAUCGACCCGGAUAAUCGUUCAUGUCGACGACCAAAGGGCAAAGCCGAAGAUGCGAUGAAAGCCAUCAAGGCGGGCGGCGGGGGCGAUAGGCGGCGCCAGAACGAGCUCUUGGGGUCUUGGGGCGAAGACGCGGCGUCGGAGUUCGGUGGUGAAGAGAACCCAGAAAAUCCAGAUUAUGACUCGAGCAAGUACGAGUAUUGCAAACGGAAUACACGAUUGUCGCUGUCUCGCCUGGAUGAGUCCGUCAUCGAUUACGACUUGAUCGAAGAGCUUCUCGCGUACGUCGACGACGUCACCGACGAUGGGGCAGUUUUGGUAUUCUUACCCGGUAUCGGCGAGGUGACAGGGCUUUUGGAUCGUCUCGCCAGCUCACCGCGAUUUAAAGAUGCGGUGCUCACGCCAUUACACUCCGCGUUGACGAACGCCGAGCAGCGCGAGGCGUUCAGGGUGCCGAAACCCGGCGUGCGCAAAAUUGUGGUGGCUACGAAUGUGGCAGAAACGUCGGUGACGAUCGAAGACAUCGUCGUCGUCAUCGAUUCCGGUCGCGUGAAGGAGCGACAGUGGGAUCCUCGACGAGGUAUGGCUUCGCUUGAGGAGGGAUGGGUCAGCCGCGCAGCGGCGAAACAGCGCGCCGGUCGCGCCGGUCGAGUUCGAGCGGGAACAUGCUAUGCGCUCUUCACCUCGCAUCGCGCAAACGGCGCGAUGCGGCCAUUCCAAGUUCCUGAAAUGCACCGCGCGCCGCUCACGGAAGUCGUACUGCAGAUCGCAAGUCUCGAUUUGCACAGCGACGCCGCAGUGGUUCUCGGGAACGCACCCGAGCCUCCAAAAGAGGAAGCUGUUGCCGCGGCGAAGAAGACGCUCACCGAGAUUGGCGCUUUCGACGAGCUAGGUCGACUUACUGCCUUAGGUCGCCACCUCGCUGCACUGCCAGUAGAUGCGAGGGUUGCGAAAAUGCUAUUAUUCGGAGUGAUUCUACGGUGUCUCUCUCCGAUUCUAACCAUAGCCGCAACGUUGAGCUACAAGUCGCCCUUUCAAUCGUCCAAGGCGUCGAACAGUCAAGUCGAAGCGGCGAUGCGUGCGUUCGCGCAACCAGCCGCGGUGUCCUUGGCCGCCGGGCAGCAAAGCGAUCACCUAGUGGUCGUCGCCGCUUACGACGGCUAUAUCGAAGCAUCGAAAGAAAGUCGCAACGCCGGACGAAGAUUUGCGCAGAAAAAUGCGCUCGACGUGGACACGAUGAGACAGAUUUCAGAAAUGCGCACGCAGUACGCCGCGCUUCUCGCGGACAUGGGCGUCAUUCGAGUCCCCGCCGGUUACUCACUUCGAGGUAGAAACACAAAUUGGUUGGAUGAUCCUAAAGCGGCUUGGAACAAAGACGCGCGCCGCGUACAAAUGAUCAAGGCUGUGCUCACGGCGGGCCUGUACGCAAACGUCGCCGUCGGCGAUGAGGCAUCGGAUCAAGACUACGCGCAGUACACGUGGAAGGACGCAACGUCAGAGGUGCGCGUGCACCCGUCGAGCGUGAACAAAGGGAUCGGAAUCGACCGCAAGCCCGCGUAUCCGUUCAUGGUGUAUCACGAAAAGAUGCGAACGGCACGCGUGUACUUGCGAGACUGUACUGUCGUCGCACCCGAGGCGUUAUUACUUUUCGGUGGAAACCUCGAGGUGCAGCACGCGAACGCACGCGUGAUCAUGGAUAACUGGAUCAAGUUCAAGUGUGACGCACCGGUGGCGGUGUUAUUCAAGUACCUUCGCCUCGCGCUCGACGAAGAUUUCGCCAAACGAAUCCGAAACGCGGGCAAGUCGUCCUGGAGCGACGACGACGACGAAAUCAUAGUCACAAUCAGACGAAUCCUCGACGACGUGCAAUAG